AUGCAUCAGGCCGUGAAGGAACAAGGAGCCGAGGAGCCAUCAGAUGAGCAGCUAGACAGUGUUGCUGUCCAGUUUGAUACUGAGACACUUGACAAAGACAUGCUGCACGAAGAGAUGAAGAGUUGGAUUGAACGAUGUCUCAAUGAAAGUGAAAACAAACGUUAUUCCAGUCAUACCUCUCUGGGGAAUGUUUCUAAUGAUGAAAAUGAGGAAAAAGAAAAUAAUAGAGCAUCAAAACCGCAUUCAACUCCAGCUACACUGCAAUGGCUGGAGGAGAACUAUGAGAUUGCAGAAGGUGUUUGCAUUCCUCGAAGUGCUCUCUACAUGCAUUACUUGGACUUCUGUGAGAAAAACGACACACAACCUGUUAAUGCUGCCAGCUUUGGGAAGAUAAUAAGACAACAGUUUCCACAACUAACCACAAGAAGACUUGGAACCAGAGGCCAGUCAAAGUACCAUUAUUAUGGGAUUGCAGUGAAAGAAAACUCCCAGUAUUAUGAUGUGAUGUAUUCUAAAAAAGGAGCAGCCUGGGUCAACGAAACGGGAAAAAAAGAAGUAACCAAACAGACAGUGGCGUAUUCACCACGAUCCAAACUGGGAACAUUGCUGCCAGAGUUUCCAAAUGUCAAAGAUUUAAAUCUGCCAGCUAGUCUGCCAGAGGAGAAGGUUUCUACCUUUAUUAUGAUGUAUAGGACUCACUGUCAGAGGAUACUGGACACUGUAAUAAGAGCAAACUUUGAUGAGGUUCAAAGUUUUCUUCUGCACUUUUGGCAAGGGAUGCCUCCUCAUAUGCUGCCCGUACUGGGUUCUUCAACCGUAGUGAAUAUAGUGGGAGUUUGUGACUCAAUUCUGUACAAGGCAAUUUCUGGAGUUUUGAUGCCAACGGUACUACAAGCCUUACCUGACAGUUUGACACAGGUGAUCCGAAAGUUUGCGAAGCAACUGGAUGAGUGGCUGAAAGUAGCUCUUCAUGAUUUACCGGAAAACCUACGAAAUAUUAAAUUUGAGUUGUCCAGAAGAUUUUCACAAAUACUACGGCGACAGACAUCACUAAAUCAUCUCUGCCAAGCAUCAAGAACAGUGAUCCACAGUGCAGACAUCACAUUUCAAAUGCUGGAGGACUGGAGGAAUGUGGAUCUGAAUAGCAUUACCAAACAAACCCUCUAUACUAUGGAGGAUUCACGGGAGGAGCACAGAAAGCUCAUCAUACAAUUGUAUCAGGAGUUUGAUCACCUUUUGGAGGAGCAAUCCCCCAUUGAGUCAUACAUUGAGUGGCUGGAUUCCAUGGUGGACAGAUGUGUUGUAAAGGUAGCUGCUAAGAGACAAGGCUCUUUGAAGAAAGUAGCUCAGCAGUUUCUCCUGAUGUGGUCCUGUUUUGGCACUCGAGUGAUCCGGGACAUGACUUUGCACAGUGCACCCAGCUUUGGGUCUUUUCACCUUAUUCACUUGAUGUUCGAUGACUACGUAUUGUACCUGCUAGAAUCACUCCAUUGUCAGGAGAAAGCUAAUGAUCUAAUGAGAGCAAUGAAGGGAGAAGGAAGCACAGCAGAAAUACGAGAAGAAAUUAUUCUCAGUGAACCAGUUGCUCCAACUCCCUCACCAGCGCCAUUCUCCCCAGCUAAAUCUGCCACCUCUGUGGACGUGCCCUCUGCCCCAUCACCCAUCAAUAACCAGUCCCCAGAGUAUGGCAGCAUAACAGCUACUACAGGGGCUAUGCAAUCCUACACAUGGUCACUCACCUACACUGUGACAACAGCUGCUGGGUCACCUGCUGAGAAUUCCCAACAGCUGCCCUGCAUGAGGAGCCCACACGUACCUUCAUCAUCCGUCACCCACCGCAUACCUGUUUAUCCCCACAGAGAAGAACAUGGAUACACAGGAAGUUACAACUAUGGUAGCUAUAGCAACCAGCAUCCUCAUCCAAUGCAGAGUCAGUAUCCAUCCUUAUCACAUGAUACAGCUAUUUCUGGACCACUUCACUACUCAGCUUACCACAGAAGCUCUUCACAGUACCCCUUCAAUGGCCCAACAUCAAGAAUGGAGCCGUGUUUGAUGAGUAGUACUCCCAGGCUGCAUCCCACACCAGUGACUCCACGCUGGCCAGAGGUCCCAGCUGCCAACUCCUGCUACACAAGCUCCUCCAUGCACUCCACAAGAUACAGCAAUUCCAGUGACAUGUACGCGCCCUUGACAACACGCAGGAAUUCUGAAUACGAGCACAUGCAACACUUUCCUGGCUUUGCAUACAUCAAUGGGGAAGCCACUACAGGUUGGGCUAAAUGAAGAUAAAUGGUAUCAGCUGAGCCCACCCACUUACAAGAGUUACAAAAGCUUCGUGCCAUGUGGGACUUUUUGUGGACGUUUUUCAAGGGAGGUGAAAAUGGAAAAGAUCCCGGGCAGAUAAAUAUAGUUCCUAACAUGGGCAGAUUUCAGACCAGUAUGACAGAACAUUCUGUAGCCGAAAAAUACUUUUGGGCUGUUCUAGACCACUUUUUGGGCCGAUCGGUGCCUUUUUUAAUUCUGGCACAACCCUGUGUACUCUAAGUUUGAGUGAGCCAGUUUUACCCCCUCUCUUAUUGACAAACGUCAAUGAGUCUUACAAAAAAAAAAGUACUGAAAGAGGACCUAUUUAUAAUUUGAAUUAAAGACAGGAAAUUUGCCCUCAGCAAAACUCCGUCAUCUGUUCUUCUUUUAAACUCUUAAUGCUUUCCUUAAAAACCAUUCUGCCAAGUCAUCACUUACUCAUAUCAGUUCCUCUGUCUGGUUCCUUAAAAGGACACGUGUUGCUGUAGAUUUCAGUUUACACCUAACUUUGUAUAUUGAUGCACCUUUCUGCUGAUCUAGUAAGUUUGAUCUUUACAAAAGAGAAGACAUGUAGCAUUGAAUUAUACACUGCCUUAAGUUGACAGUUGUUCUUAUUAUAUAUGUAUUUGUGUUGAGUUUGCACAAUCUGGAAAAAUCUAACUUCUCUGGUCAGUAAUGACAUGGUAAGAAGGGACUUGGGGACUGGGAAGAUUUUGGAUUCAGAGCCACGUAUGUUAAAUAUGAUGAUAUGAAGCAAUUAUAUAAAGAAAAUGACAAUGCAAACAUGAUUAUUUGCUUAAUUAUCUCUUGUCAGGUAUGAAACUGUUCUCUCAAUUCCUUCACGUGGUGAUAAUUCUCUAUACGUCUACAAAAGCAAAAUUCAAAGCUGUGCCUUUGAAGUUAUUCUGUACUGUGUAUGUGUGGAAAAAUGUAUUGUAUUUUGGGGAGAAUUUUUCUUAGACAUUUUCCUU